AUGAACCGUGCCAAUCCACCGGAUCUGCUCACUCUGUCCCCAAGUCGUUCCAUUGAUUCUCAGCUGGCACAACUAAAUCAAAGCUUGCACAAGACUCAUCUAUCCGACGUCCCGUUCUCUCCGCGUUCUAAAUGUCCCGUUUUAAACUCCGAUCAAUUGUUACCAACAUCUUUGAGCGGGACCUAUUCGACAAGCUUCUCCAGCACCUCCUCCGGCGCAUCACGCGUUCAAGACGCUUUUACAACCUAUUCCAAUAGCGGAUCCUCUGGAGUUACUCGAUCUCGUGGCUCUGCUGAUGAUCGAGGUAGUAAUGGCUCUGGUGGGGUUGGACGUUGGCAACUCGGUCGACUGCGUGAUGUCUUUAUGGCACCGAAAAGGCCUCAAACACAAAUCACACCAGAAGGCCACUCUUUAUCACAGCGAUUAAGGAAGACGCGACAUCUGAACAAUGUGGUGCUAGCACGUCGAGGUUUAACCGCUGGUGAAGUGUUUGACAAGAUUUCUAAUGCGCUGAAUCAGGAAUCCAUACGGUUCACAUUGAAAGGGGUCUUGGAUUAUUAG